AUGGCGGGCAUCACGCUGGUGACCUUCGACAUUGACGGGACGAUCUGCCGCAUGAAGAGGGAAGGGGAGGCACGUCCCCCCCUCCACCUUCGGAGCUUCUCGCAUGCCUUCAGCAAGUGCUUCAGCAUCGACGCCAGCAUCGACGAGGUGGCGCACCAUGGCUGCACAGACCCUCUCAUCCUCAUGAAGGUGCUCCUGGCAAGAGGAUACGACAAGCAGCUGGUUAUCGACAAGCUCCCCGCCAUGAAGGAGGCCAUGGUCGAGUUCGCUCGUGAGCAUGAGGAGGAGGCAGCGGAGGGGAUGGAGCUGCUGCCGGGAGUGCGUGAGCUCUUGGAGGCGCUGAAAGGGAGGGAGGACGUGUGUGUAGGGCUGGUGACAGGAAACUUAGAGGAGAUUGCUUGGGGGAAGAUGAGGAGGCUGGGGGUAGAGCAUCUGUUCAGCCAACCUCACUUCGGCGGCUUCGGCAGCGACUUCUGCUCGCUCAGCGUUGAAGAUCCUGCCUUCGAUCGGGGAGAGCUCGUGAAGAUUGCGUGCAAGAGGAGGAGGGAGAUGAAGCCCGACGUCCCAAUCGUGCGGCGCUUCCAUAUCGGCGAUGCUCCAGCUGAUGUCAGAGCUGCUGAGCUGGGAGGAGCGGAAGCGAUAGGAGUGCUCACGGGGACCUUCGGAGCGGAAGAGCUGUCGCAGGCAGCUCCUUCAUGCAAGGUGAGGGAC